CUCCGGGAGCCUCUCCUCCGCUGCACACCUGCCUUGCCAUUUGUCAGCGGCUUUGCUAGGAGGGGAGAAUUUUCCCUCGCUCCCUUACAGCAUCCCUCUCCGGCACACACACACACACACGGAGGCACAGCGCUGUGUGUGUAUAUCUGUGUGCCUGUUUGCAGCGGCGGCCGCCGCCUCUCGGCACCCCGCUCCGCCGUCCCCGCGUUCCCCACCGCCGCGGGGCGUCCUCCGCCCGCCGCAGCGCAGCCGGCCCGGGGAGGAGGAGGAGGAGGAGGAGAAGGAGGAAGAGAAGGAGGAGGCGGCGGCGGCGGCAGCGGCUCCGCUGCUCCGCGGCCGCGCACCGGCAGCGAUUUGGGGCUCUGAAUUUGGAACAGUUUUUGGUUAUAUGCUUCCUGAAACUUGGAGAAUACCUGCAAUAAAUAGGAUUGGCCAUGAGAAUUUGUAACAUUCCUAUGGAAAUACAGUGAUGGGGCCGCUGAGAAGUUACCCUCUUUUGUACAGAGCCUCAUGAGCUGUGUGUGGGCCCUGAGUUCGAUGACAUCCCGUCUCAAGAUGCUGCUAAUACAGUAGCUAAUUAUUCCUAGCUGAAGAAGUCUAACGAAAGCAAAAAGAACUGGUGAAAAAGCAAUGGCUGCUGCAGCUGAUGGUUUGGGAAGUAUAGCUAUAGAUACCACGCAACUGAACAUGUCAGUCACUGAUCCAACAGCUUGGGCCACGGCUAUGAAUAACCUGGGGAUGGUUCCAGUAGGUCUAGCUGGACAACAGCUUGUGACAGAUUCAAUCUGUGUACCAGGCUUUGAUCCAAGCCUUAGCAUGAUGACUGGAAUCACUCCGAUUAACCCAAUGAUACCAGGCAUGGGGUUAGUGCCACCACCACCACCAACAGAUGUGCCUGUAGUCAAGGAAAUAAUUCACUGCAAAAGCUGCACACUCUUCCCUCCAAACCCAAAUCUUCCACCACCUUCAACAAGAGAGAGACCUCCUGGGUGCAAAACAGUGUUUGUUGGAGGAUUACCAGAAAACGCAACAGAGGAAAUUAUUCAGGAAGUCUUUGAGCAGUGUGGAGAUAUAACAGCAAUUCGGAAAAGCAAGAAGAAUUUCUGUCAUAUCCGCUUUGCGGAGGAAUUCAUGGUGGACAAGGCACUGUAUCUUUCUGGUUACCGCAUGAGAUUAGGAUCUAGCACAGACAAAAAGGAUUCAGGCCGCCUUCAUGUUGAUUUUGCUCAGGCAAGAGAUGACUUUUAUGAAUGGGAAUGCAAACAAAGAAUGCUAGCCCGAGAAGAACGCCACAGACGUAAAAUGGAAGAAGACAGACUGCGCCCUCCUUCUCCUCCAGCAAUAAUGCAUUAUUCUGAACACGAAGCUGCUUUGCUGGCUGAAAAAUUGAAAGAUGAUAGCAAGUUUUCGGAGGCCAUCACAGUGCUGCUUACCUGGAUUGAGCGAGGCGAGGUGAAUCGUCGCUCUGCAAACCAGUUCUAUUCAAUGGUGCAGUCUGCAAACAGCCACGUUCGCCGUCUCAUGAAUGAAAAGGCCGCUCAUGAGCAAGAGAUGGAGCAAGCCAAGGAGAGUUUUAAAAAUGCCUUAACAGGGAUCCUGACUCAAUUUGAGCAGAUUGUCGCCGUUUUCAACGCUUCUACCAGACAAAAAGCUUGGGACCAUUUCUCGAAAGCCCAGCGAAAGAACAUAGACAUUUGGCGAAAGCAUUCUGAGGAGCUCCGAAAUGCUCACAGUGAACAGCUCAUGGGAAUCCGCCGGGAAGAGGAGAUGGAAAUGUCUGAUGAUGACAGUGAUGACAAUCCCACUAAAAAGCUGAGAGUAGAUGAUUCAGCUCUAGCUGCCCAAGCAUACGCGCUUAAGGAAGAGAAUGAUAGUCUUCGAUGGCAACUGGAUGCUUAUAGAAAUGAAGUGGAGCUUCUGAAACAAGAGAAAGGACAGCUCUUUCGAACAGAAGAAAGCCUUACAAAGGAUCAGCAGCUACAGUUCCUACAGCAGACGAUGCAAGGCAUGCAGCAGCAAUUGUUGAGCAUCCAGGAAGAAUUAAAUAACAAAAAAUCAGAGCUGGAGCAAGCCAAGGAAGAGCAAACGCACACACAAGCAAUGCUUAAAGUCCUGCAGGAACAGUUAAAAAGCGCCAAGGAAUUAGCAGAAAUCAAUGGGCAUGAUGAAUCUCAGGCAAAUGAAAUCAAUGUACUGACAGUAGCACUGGUCAACCAAGACAGAGAAAAAACUUCUGAGAAACGAAGUCCAGGUCUGAAAUCAGAGAAAGAGGCACUACUAAUAGGUAUCAUCUCCACAUUUCUCCACGUCCACCCUUUUGGAGCUAAUAUAGAAUAUCUCUGGUCUUAUAUGCAGCAGUUGGAUUCCAGGAUCUCUGCAAAUGAGAUAGAAAUGCUUUUAAUGAGACUGCCACGCAUGUUUAAACAAGAAUUCACUGGUGUAGGAGCAACACUGGAAAAGAGGUGGAAGUUCUGUGCCUUUGAAGGAAUUAAAACUGUCUGACUGUGACUAGUAAUGAAGCUAUGCAGAAGAAUUCCUAGAGCAUGGCAGGGUUAUAAAGUAUUAAAGUAAGAAAUUUGGGUUUUGGCACAUAGUAGUAUGUUUUCAAAGUUAUCCAAGCCUAAUUUUAGUUACAUUCGUGACGUUCUCUUGUGAGUGGAAAUGUAGUUGUGCACCAAUUCCUAAAAUAAAAUAAUUUUAAAAAAUUAAAAAAAAACAAAAAACCAACCUUUUGAAAUGUGACAGAUCUGUUUCCUAUGAAAACUGAAGAAAGAUACCGCAGUCAUAAUGAUCUCAAAAUACUACAUGUCCUACAUCUAAGAAAAGCUCAUUGAGCAAACAGUUAAGGAGAAAGAUUGCCCAGCUGUGGUCACUGGGCCGCAGUGCUGUAUAUGUAAUAUGUAGUAAAACUCAUUAAGUUUCGUUAUUGAAAGUUCUUUCUGUUUAGUAAGAGAAUUAAGUAAUUUUACAGUGAGGAAAAGCAUACCAAAAGAAAACUUGAAGAUGUGUCUGAAGUUAUUGUAUUUUGUAAAUUAAGUUAUAUGCUGUACCAGGGAUUUUUGCCUUAUUGAAAGAGGCCUGAAAAUGUGAUUGGAGUCCUCGAGAAUGCUUUAUCAAGAAUAUUAUUUUUCUAAUGUAACUAUUCUCCAUUACAAGUUCUUUUAACAUGGAUUGCAUAUCAAUUUUCAUAAACAUGUAAAUAAGGAGGAAACCAGUGUUACUGUAUUGUAUUUGGUAUGUAACAUUCAGGUUUAUGCAUCAAAAUAAAUAUUCAGUUGCAUUACUGUUACAAAUUUUAUAGCAAAUAUAUUAAUUUUUAUCAAUAAAUAUGACUUCUACCA